AGUAUCCCUUUAAGCAUGCGGCGGUAUGAAGAUGCAGGCAUCGCGAGACUCGGAUGACGUCAUCGCACCGGAAGGAGGUAAGGGAGCCGGAGCGGUCCACACCGCUAAGAGCCCGAUUACGGCCAGCCACAGAGGUCCACAGCCGGGGGAGAAGGAGGCCACAAUACCCCAUGCAGCACCCAAGGGGCCCCAAUUUUGCUCAUCACGCCAGCCCACCAACGAUCGGGGAGCAUUUACGCCACGGGGCAAGACACCAACCAGGGGCCCUAUCUUAUUAAAACCCCGCCAUACAAACCCCAUCUCCGCCCAAACAGGGAACCCCCCUCCCAGUAGCCAGAGGGGGGUCCCUCCAAGAAGCAAGGGCCGGGAACUAGGAAAACGCGGGGGGAAAAGCCAGGCCCGCCCCAACAACCCCAGCAGUCCAGCCCCUACAACUCCCCCGAUCCAUAGGAAUGCCCAUAGAGGGGGAGGGAGCUGGGAACAGGAGCAGGGCUCCGACGAAGGAGAAUGGGGGAUGGAGGCAGAAUCCACCCCAAACCAAUCUAGGGCCAGGCACCCAGGACCUUUCCCAAGGGGGGGAGGGAACUCCAGGCCCAGGGGAACAGGUGGUCACUCGUAUUUUCAAACCUCAAGACACUGGAGCCAGCCACAGUGGUCUGGGGAGUAUGACCAAUGGGAAGAUGAUGACUCUUGCUAUUUUAUCGAGGAAUACAAUUACGAGGAUGAUUGUGAGUUUUUUUCCUGCAAGCAGCCACGGGCAUCGGCAAAGGAGGCCAGUAAAGGGAAUGUGGCAGGAAGACAUUGGUUACGGAAAUAACCGGGUGCCAAGUUUUUAUUUUAGAAACCGAGAGGAGGAGGAGAGUUGGAUCCAAUGGAGAAAGGAGAGAGAGCAGAAGGGAGAGGAGGAAGCAGGACCUUCAAGACGGCAGGAAGGAAGGGAGAGGGCUUCAUCCAGUACAGAAGGGCAGUCUUCACAGAACGGCGACAGGACCAAGGUGCCUACACGGAAGACUACUAUGGCUCGUGACCCCCUCUUAGAAGAAUUGUGUGAAAGGGCAGUAUCCGAAAAGACUCUUUCCAGCUACAAAAGGGCCUGGAAGAGAUGGCAGAUAUUCUGCAGAAGCGGUAAGAGCAAUCAAGGCACUAAGGAUUUGGUGUCAUUUUUAAUGGUCCUGUACAGAGAAGGAAAGUCAAGAGCAGGAGCCAGCAACCCAUUAGCCGCAAUUUCUCAUUUUUCCAUAGUAAAGGGUAGAGCAGAUAUCACACAUGAUCCAUUAGUUAGGAAAAUAAUGAAGGGAUGGGCAAGAGUUGAAGGCCCCAGGGUCGAUAAGCGAGAACCCAUAAUUGAAUGCAGACUAAAAAUGAUUCUGAACUCUCUUGAGGAGGUGUGUUCAGACCAAUUUGAAUGUAUUUUGUUUAGAGCAGCCUUCGCUCUGGCUUUCAGAGGAGCGUUUAGGAUAAGCGAAUUGGUCCCCCCAUCCAAGAAGGUAACAGAUAAAGGUUUAAUGUAUAGCCAGGUUUUAUUACAGGACAGGAAGUUGUUAGUUUACAUCAGUAGAUCAAAAACAGAUCAGUUGGGUAAGGGCAGAUGGUUCAGUAUACAAAAAACUUCGAGAAUAACAUGCCCGGUCAAGGCCUUGCAGGAUUACAUAGGGAUGCGCCCAGCAGGGGGGCACCUUUUGUUAAUUCACAGGGACUUAUCCCCCAUGUCAGCAUUUCAAUUUAGGCAAGUGCUCAAAAAGGCAGUCAUUGCGAACGGAUGGGAUCCUAAAAAAUUUGGAUCACAUUCAUUCAGGAUAGGGGCAGCAACAGAAGCAGCAAUGAGGGGAGAAACAGAGGAUAGGAUAAAAGGAAUUGGGAGGUGGAAAUCAAAAGCAUACAAAAAAUACAUACGCCCCAUAAAUGUAACACAGUAGUAAUCCUACAAUUUUUAACCUACCCCCCCCCCUUUUUUUUUUUUUUUCUUUGGUUUGUUGCUGCAGGGGGAAAAGCUACCUGCAACAUUUUGAUCAUAGGCCACUCCUUUAUUUUUUGGGCAAGACAGCAUGCAGCAGGCAAGCAGUUGGGGUUACCGGAGGAACACAUGAAGAUUACAUGGCAGGGGUGGAGAGGCAUGAAGUGGGAACAAAUGAGAGGCCGGUUGUAUAGUUCAAUACAGAAGUUCAAGUUCAUAAACCUGGUGAUAGUACAUGCUGGGGGAAAUGACCUUACGUCAAUCAAAACCCCAGCGUUGAUAGAAAGCAUGAGAAAGGACUUGGAGGAUUUAAUGUCCAGCAACAAGAUAGGGGGAGUGGCUUGGUCAGACAUCAUACAGAGAGGAGAAUGGCGAGGAGCAGUUUCCCCCCAGGGCAUUGAAAGAGCCAGGAAAAAAGUAAACCGGGCCAUGCACAAGAUCAUGUGUUCCUCAGGUAACGGGGUAAUUAGACAUGACAAUAUAAGGUACCGACAAACACAGCUUUUUAGAAAGGAUAAAGUACAUUUGACAGAGGAAGGUUUGGAUUUGUUCUGGGCAAACUUCAGGAAUUAUAUAGAAGAAUGGUGGAGGUCGCAGGAGGUCUAGGUGGGCCAUGGAAAAGGAUAGGUGGCACCCUUCCCUUCUUUUCCAUUGUGUGGCAUCAGUGCGGCUCCAGGAAGAUGGAUGGUUUUUUCAGUGAAGUGCAGGCCUACCCUCGGAAAGUCGCGAGUGUGGAGCAGACUUUGACUGCACGGUCUUGUCUGUGUCAUGCGAGAGGCUGGGUUAGCGCCAUUAUUGCACAUGAUAGGGAGCAGGGGGAUGGGCUACUGGUUGGUCAACAGCGGGCGCUCUGCCCCAUGAUCCCUGCUCUCUAAAAUAACUGUUUGGUACGGUGUGGGCACCAGGCCCACGUUCUUGGCGAUUAUAGGAGCCGCAGCUGGUGGUCAGGGUGUACCUAGUCCUUGGCACAUAUAUAUAUAACUUUGUUAAUAAAAUACGUGACCUCCACAGAUUUUGCCACCUUAA